AUGUGGCGCACACAAAGCGCGACCUACAUGCGCUUCGAGAGGAAGGAGAGCCACCCCGCCCUCUCUCCCACGCUCGCCAAGCUCGAGCCUCGUGGUAGUCGGGUUCGUGUGGGCGCUGCACCCACCGCCGUCAAGCGGUGGAGGAGGGAGGCGGGCGACGCUGCCCAAGCUCGGAGUGGGAAGCGACAAUUGCUCGGACCGAUCGCGCAAGAUCUUUGGUCUUCCCCUGGAACCGAUGAAAAAGGCUAUUUCGGGUACUCAACGUUCCGGCCGUACCAGAGGGAGAUCAUACAGAAGGUCCUGGAUGGGCGGGAUUGCCUCGCCGUCAUGGCCACCGGCAGCGGCAAGUCCAUCUGCUAUCAAAUUCCCCCACUGGUUACAAAGAAGACAGCUGUUGUUGUAAGCCCUCUUCUGUCCCUGAUGCAAGACCAGGUUAUGAGUUUAAAACAAAAAGGUGUGAAAUCUGAGUACCUUGGCAGCACCCAAAUGAAUAGCUCCGUCAGCAAUGAGGCGGAAAAGGGCGCGUUUGAUGUGCUGUACAUGACACCAGAGAAAGCCAUUUCACUUCCUUCAAGGUUUUGGAGUAACUUGCAGGCUGCUGGAAUCUGCUUGUUAGCUGUCGAUGAAGCUCAUUGCAUAUCGGAAUGGGGCCAUGAUUUCAGGAUGGUGUACAAGCAGCUGCAUUCAUUGCGCGACCUUCUUGUGGGUGUUCCCUUUGUUGCUUUAACUGCCACUGCCACAGAAAGAUCCUUCAUUAGGGAUGAAGUUCUUGUGAUGGUGGCAACUAUAGCUUUUGGAAUGGGUAUUGAUAAGCCUGAUGUUAGAUGCGUAAUACACUAUGGAUGUCCAAAGAGCCUAGAGUCCUACUACCAGGAAAGUGGGCGUUGUGGAAGAGAUGGACUGCCUUCAGUCUGCUGGCUAUAUUACCAAAGAAGUGAUUUUACAAAAGCUGAUUUCUAUUGUUCUGAGGCAAAAAAUGGAACCCAGAGAAAAGCAAUCAUGGAUUCCUUCAUGGCAGCACAAAAAUAUUGCCUCCUUGCUACAUGCCGUAGAAGGUUCUUAUUGCAGUAUUUUGGUGAAGAAUGCAACACUGACUGUGGCAAUUGUGAUAAUUGCACAGCAGUGAAAAACGAGAGGGAUUUGUCAAAAGAAGCCUUUCUGUUGCUGUCCUGCAUCAAAUCUUGUGGAGGACGCUGGGGCCUCAAUUUACCUAUUGAUGUUCUUCGUGGAUCACGAGCCAAGAAGAUUGUUGACAACAAUUAUGAUAAACUACAAAUGCAUGGGCGUGGUAAAGAUUAUUCGUCAAACUGGUGGAAAGCACUUGGUGGUCUCCUUAUAGCACACGCCAAUUCCGUUGCUGUCUUUUCCCUGACCAAAGAAGAAAGUAUUACAAAAAGAUUUGAUUUUGUAUGCAAGCAAAUGGCAUAUUAUCUGACUGCAGAGAUGAUUGAACUAGAGGAGCAUGGUAGUUCACAUCAUAAAGAAGGUGGUGGUUUAAAUCCUGUGCUAACAUUAGAAUCUGAAAAAAUUUCUGAGGAUGAAUCAAAACUCUAUCAAAUGCUCCUGAAUGUUAGGAUGAAGCUUGCUCAAGAUAUUGGCACUGCUCCGUAUGCUAUAUGUGGUGAUCAGACGAUAAGAAACUUUGCAAAGAUGAGACCUUCUACUGGAGCUAGACUUGCUAAUAUCGAUGGUGUCAACCAGCAUUUUAUCUCACGUUUCAGUAACAUUUUCAUCCAAAAUAUCGCGCAAUUGUCGAAGGAGUUAAACCUCCCGUUGGAUAAUUCACCAUUACCACCACCAACAACAAAUCCAGCUGUAGAAAAUAUUGCUGGUAUACCAAAACCUUUACAAAACAAUCUUCCUGGGAUCUUGGGUGAUGCAAAGCUGACUGCUUGGGAAUUGUGGCAUAAGCAGGAGUACUCAUUCCUGAAAAUUGCUGUAACUUACGACAUGAUCAAGACAUUCCUGACUAUUGAGGGGCGUGGAUUGUCAGAGCAAGUCUUUGGUAACGGUACUGCUGAUGGGGUUCCUAGUAGAAUAGCAGAGUCCCCAAUAUCUUCCUCCCAUGCAAGUGAAGCUAGCAGAAAUGAUAUGGGAGAUGGUGUCCCAGCGGCAGAGGCCAGUGAUGCAAACCCUUCAGCAAAGAGAGGCCAAACUGUUUCUGCUGAGGGGCCAGCAACAAAACUGCAAAGGAUAGACGAGCAUGGGGCAAAGUCAACUGGCACAGCGGCUGCCACUGAAGAAUCUGUGCUAGCUCUGGUUGCGAGCUGCAAUGGGGUAUCGCUGGAGGAUGUUGCCAAGCACUUCAAGGGAUCCAAGAGAGAAUCGGUCUUGGAGAUAUUGGAGGGCCUUGAAUCUCAAUUCAUAAUUUACAAGAGAAACGGGAACUACAUGAUCCUGUGA